CAUAUAUACAGUAGGAGUACAGUAGGAGUGCAUAUAUACAGUGAAACUAUAUGCCAGAAGUUUGUAUAAUGAAGCAUUUCGCUAGUUGAAAGAGAAGGAAUAACCAGUAAAAUUAAAUGUAUAUAAUAUACAUUAGUUUUAAUAAGAAUAAUAUUCUGUAAUUAUGAAUACUUGGUCAUGAAAUGCUUUUACUCAGUACAGUAAAAUUUGAUAUAACAGGUUUAAAUAAUUUAGAGAAGAAUCAAGAGGAAUGACAAUUCAUGUUUCAACGAUGAGUACGUAACAAAUAUUGCGAGGCUACGAUUCUAUUCGGAUUCAAAACUCGGAAUCUGAUUGGCCAGACAUAAUAAGUACAGAGUUGAUAAAAAUGUCUGUCCAGGACCGUCGCCAGUCAUUAUUUCGUAUACCCCACAAAUAAUAUCGUCAUGUCUGGUCGUGGAAAAGGUGGCAAAGUAAAGGGGAAGAGCAAGACUCGGUCCAGCCGUGCUGGUCUUCAGUUUCCUGUAGGUCGUAUCCAUCGUCUUCUGCGAAAGGGAAAUUAUGCAGAAAGAGUUGGUGCUGGAGCUCCAGUGUAUCUUGCUGCAGUUUUAGAAUAUUUGGCAGCUGAGGUUCUUGAGUUGGCCGGUAAUGCUGCUAGAGAUAACAAGAAGACCAGAAUAAUUCCAAGACAUCUGCAGCUGGCCAUCAGAAACGACGAGGAGUUGAAUAAAUUACUCUCUGGCGUCACAAUUGCACAAGGUGGAGUUCUACCCAAUAUCCAGGCUGUUCUACUUCCCAAAAAAACCGAAAAGAAAGCAUAAUUCCUACUUCCCCUAACGCUACAAAAAAAAAAGGCCCUUUUAAGGGCCAGAAAAUGUACGAAGAAGAGAAUGCUUAAUUGCUUAUACUGAAAAUUGCAGCAUACGUUGCUAAAUCUUUUCCAUAUAUAUAUUUCAUUCAAAAUUCGCACAAAGAUGUGCUCCCAGGACACAUUCGUAUAUAUUUUCAUGUACAUUAUAAAACAUUAACUCAUGGGACUCGGAAAGAAAGGCUAAUGCUAAGCUAUAGGUGAAGGGAGUUUAAGGCGCAUCUGAGAAGUGGCGCCAUCUUGCUGUAUACAUUUGUACUGAAAAGUCGUUCUAUUCUUAACUUUCGUAAGUUAUUACAACGCACAGUUCGGUGUUUUAAGCCCCUUUUCAGAAAUUACAAAUAAUUUAAUUAGAUGGAAUAAUUGCUAUCACAAUAGAUCUUUAUUUAAAAGAAUGAUCUAAUGUAAAGUAAAAAAAUUAAUGUACAAAAAAAAGACGGAAUACAUGAUAGCAAUUAUAUUGAAUCUUAUUAAAUUAUUUGUAUGGCCCUGAAAAGGGCCUUUUUUUUUUUUACUUUUAACAAAUUAUGAU